GAAGUUCCUCAUUCUGGUGGCUGAGAGUAACAGUCCUGUCUGUCGACCGGCUGGCCCACUUGCCAAAUACAGCCAGUCUGUCAGUCCGCCAAUCUGAUGAAAAACACAGAGAAGAAAGCUGAGGACUAAAAACUGUUUCCUUAUCCAGGGAUAUACUCACUCAGAGAGGCAGGAUGGGCUGUAUGAAGUCCACGCUGAGCGAAGGUCUGAGCGGAGUUGUGGAGGGGAAGAUGAGCCAGCAGCCUGUACGUACUGAGCAAACGCACUAUGUCAGAGACCCCACCUCCAAUACAAAAAACAACAUAUUGCAGAAUACCUCCCUGUUACCCGGUCAGGUGUUCCAAAAGCUGGAAGAGCAAAAGGGGGUUGGUAAAACAAUGGUCAGCCUUUACCCGUAUGAAGCUGUGCAUCCCGACGACUUAGGAUUCAAGAAGGGGGAGAAGAUGAAGAUCUUAGAGGAGCAUGGGGAGUGGUGGAAAGCAAGGUCACUGACAACCAACAAAGAAGGAUUCAUCCCAUCCAAUUAUGUUGCCCAAGCUGACACCAUGGAAACAGAAGAGUGGUUUUUCAAGGACAUCACGAGAAAGGAUGCAGAGAGGCAGCUGUUGGCUCCUGCUAACAAACCAGGCUCUUAUCUUAUCAGGGAAAGUGAAACAUCAAAAGGAAGCUACUCAUUGUCCAUCAGAGACGUAGACUCUCAGGGGACAGAUUCAGUCAAACACUAUAAGAUCAGGAUGAUGGAUAAUGGCGGCUUCUACAUCUCUCCUAAAAUCUCCUUCAGUGACAUCAGCGCCAUGAUCAAACAUUACCACAACAAAGCGGAUGGCCUGUGUCGCAAACUGGACCGUUCCUGUGUAAAACCCAAAGCUCAGAAGCCGUGGGAUAAAGACGCCUGGGAGAUUUCCAAAGAUUCUAUUAAGAUGGUGAAGAAACUCGGAGCUGGUCAGUUUGGAGAAGUCUGGAUGGCUUACUACAACAACACAACCAAAGUAGCGGUGAAGACGCUGAAGCCAGGCACCAUGACGGUUGAAGCAUUCAUGGAUGAAGCUAACGUCAUGAAGACACUGCAGCACGAGAGGCUGGUGCGGCUCUACGCUGUUGUCACCAAGAUAGAACCCAUCUACAUCAUCACUGAGUUUAUGGCAAACGGGAGCCUCCUGGACUUCUUGAAGAGCGACACAGGGUGCAAAGUGCAACUCCCCAAGCUCAUCGAUUUCUCAGCGCAGAUAGCGGAGGGCAUGGCGUACAUAGAGAAGAAGAAUUAUAUUCACAGAGACCUGAGGGCGGCUAAUGUCCUGGUGUCAGAGAGUCUGCUCUGUAAAAUUGCAGAUUUUGGACUGGCAAGAGUCAUAGAGGACGACGAAUACUCUGCCAGAGAGGGAGCCAAAUUCCCCAUUAAGUGGACCGCUCCCGAGGCCAUUAACUACGGCUCAUUCACCAUCAAGUCAGAUAUGUGGUCCUUCGGAGUUCUGCUCUAUGAGAUUAUAACCUACGGGAAAAUCCCAUACCCAGGUAUGACUAAAGCAGAGGUGAUGUCCUCGCUGCAGCGCGGCUACCGGAUGCCUCAGCCAGACAACUGUCCUGCUGAGCUCUAUGAGAUCAUGAUGUCCUGCUGGAGGAACAAGCCUGAAGACAGGCCCACCUUUGAUUACAUGCAGAGUGUGCUGGAUGACUUCUACACCGCCACAGAGGCACAGUACCAGCAUCAACCAUAGAGAGGGACACUGUAUAUUUGGAGCCACUUAUGGUUUUGUAAUAUUUGUAUAUAUGCACAUUCUAUAUACAUUUAUAUACUGUACAUCUUUAAUAUGUGCUUUUGAGAACAUACAGUAUGCAGGUUCCAAAAUAUAUUAUAGAUACUCAAAAUUUUAUUUGUUUGUACAAAUACUAUAUUUACUGCAGUUUAAUUUCACUUGAAGCAUACUCUGAGGUAUAGAGAGGGAUUUUGCACAAAAUUGCUAAAAACAAAUGAGCAUUUAUUUUAUUUUUACUUUUUGACACUAGAGUCUUGUGCCUAGACAUUUCUAUAUUUGGAAAUAAACGGUUAAAUUUAAAUGAUGUUUGCAUAAAGAGGGACUGAAUGAGCCUGCAAAGGUAGGACAGAAUUUUGGAAGGUUACUAUAUUGAUUUCUGUACGAACAGCUGCCUCAUAGAGACUCGGUCUGUGUAAAUAAAGUGGCAACAUGAAAAAGGGACAUGCUGCAUUAGGAAUAUAACUGUUAAAAUAACAGGUAAAGCAAUUACCUCUUUUAUACUGUAAAAAGCAUAGGAUUUAAAGUGUCUACAGACUCUGUAAUAAUAACAUUUCCGUUUGGGGUAAUAAUUAACAGGGAAGGUAUUAGAGCAAAUCAUGUUCUACAAAAAAAUAUACAUGUAAGCUUAUGACUAUCCAUUUUACAUUUCAUGACUAAUCAUUUCAGAAGCUGUUCAACUGAUUAGGACUACAAGUGAGUUGUUUCUGUUUGCUUGCCAUUUCAUUGACCAGUUGAAGGGUUGAUCACCUUUAAGUCCACUUCAUAUUGAAGUGCUGUAGCUCUUGUUUGUUUUGUAGGACCAUGUCAUCAUUUCAAAUAUGGUAUUAUAUAAUCAAACGUGUAAUCUGGAUUUUGAGGUUGCACUUGAGUAAAAAUAACUUCAAUUUAAACUUAACGUUAAUUGUACAGAGGCAUGACAUACAAUGACUUUAUAUGGACUAUUUUGAACAUUAGAACUCCGAGCUGUGUGUGUGUGUGUUUGUCUUUUUAAUGAUCAUUUGAGUUGUGUACUCAUUGCUAUUUGAAACAAUAGCGUGUAUAUUUUGUAUGGACUAAAAUUGUGUGCAGUAAAUUUUAUUCCGUGUUGGAUUUCUUUGUA